GGGGCGGAGCUUUUCGCCUCCGCCGUCGCCGGCCGGGUCUGUGAGGAAGGCCUAGGCGGUCGGCUUCCCGCCUUGUCGAGGCGCUGCGCAGCUUCUCUCGCUUCCUGUCCGCUGCGGCCGGGCGAGCGGAGGCUUUCCGGAGCCAUGGAGGACGAGGUGGUUCGCAUCGCCAAGAAGAUGGACAAGAUGGUGCAGAAGAAGAAUGCGGCUGGUGCACUGGAUUUGCUGAAAGAGCUUAAGAAUAUUCCCAUGACCCUGGAAUUAUUACAGUCCACAAGAAUUGGAAUGUCUGUCAAUGCUAUUCGCAAGCAGAGUACAGAUGAAGAAGUCACAUCUUUAGCCAAAUCUCUCAUCAAGUCCUGGAAAAAAUUAUUAGACGGACCAUCAACUGAUAAAGACUCUGAAGAAAAGAAAAAAGAGCCUGCAAUUUCAUCACAGAAUAGUCCUGAAGCAAGAGAAGAAAGUAGUUCCAGCGGCAAUGUAAGCAGCAGAAAGGAUGAGACAAAUGCUCGAGAUACUUAUGUUUCAUCUUUUCCCCGGGCACCAAGCACUUCUGAUUCUGUGCGGUUAAAGUGUAGGGAGAUGCUUGCUGCAGCUCUCCGGACAGGAGAUGACUACGUUGCUAUUGGAGCUGAUGAGGAGGAACUGGGAUCCCAGAUUGAGGAAGCUAUAUAUCAAGAAAUAAGAAAUACAGACAUGAAAUAUAAAAACAGAGUACGAAGUAGAAUAUCAAAUCUUAAAGAUGCAAAGAAUCCAAAUUUAAGGAAAAAUGUGCUGUGUGGGAAUAUUCCUCCUGACCUGUUUGCUAGAAUGACAGCAGAGGAAAUGGCUAGUGAUGAGCUCAAAGAGAUGAGGAAAAACCUGACCAAAGAAGCCAUUAGGGAGCAUCAGAUGGCCAAGACAGGUGGGACCCAGACUGACUUGUUCACGUGUGGCAAAUGUAAAAAGAAGAACUGCACUUACACACAGGUGCAAACUCGUAGUGCUGAUGAACCAAUGACAACAUUUGUUGUAUGUAAUGAAUGUGGAAAUCGGUGGAAGUUCUGUUGAGUUGGAAGAAUCGGCAAAGUAUCUGGACCAGUAAAAGAAAAAUGGAUUUUGUAAUUAGCUUUAAAAUUAGACCAGGCAACUCUUUCCCUGCAAGUGAGAUUUGUAAACAAUACACAUCCCAUGGGUUUGUCUUUGUUUUUCACCUAACAUUCUUUCCUAAAUGCCUUCUGUGGUCUCAGAUCAGCUAGGAGACCAUAGAAUAAUUAUAUAAUGUGUUGUGGGUUUUUUUUUUUGUAAGUGAUGUUAUAUUUUAUUAAAUAUUAACUUUUUACAAUCUAGAACACAAAAAUUCUGUUAUUCUCUGUUAAUGCAUAAAAACAAAUUGCUUUUCUCAUUGUUAUGUACCUAAAAUGCUCAAGGAGGAAAACAGGAAUAAUAUAAAUUUUAGAGUUACCAAAUACACUAUAUAUUCCAGUAGUACUUGACCAGCUUAUCAAAAUUGUGCACACUAUUUAAACUAGCAUAUGACUUGGCUCUUAAUUAACGUGCUGAUGAUAAUCCGUGCCUCGGAUCCUCAAAGCUCUUGCGUCUGUGACUAACCACAGUGAUCAUUUCUUGUAUUUCUUAUACAUGUAUAUGUAUAUUACCAUUUUUUAAUAGAUUUUACUUUGGGAACUGAUUUGGUUACUAUCAGUUUGGUUUUUUUUUACUUUGUCACAUGUGACUAAAACUAUUUUAGUUUUGCAGAACUGUGAUAACUUCCUACGCUUUUCAUAAAGCCCCUCACAGGUAUGCUUCUGAUGAAUUUGCCCCUAGGAAGACAUGCUAUGAAGAAAAUGUUAGCAUCUUAGUUAAGUUCUUGGAGGCAACAUGACUGGACUUGCACUUGGAAACCUACUGACCAAGGAUUAAGCCUAAGAACUGUGUAAAUCAUUAAGCUGUGCUCUUUGCAUAUGGAGGUUGAAAAAAAAAUUCCUUUAGUCUGAAUCUUUCGUGCUGACUUUUUCUUACAUGAUGAUGUUGAGCCAACUCAAAUGUAGGCUAUAGCAAGUAGUUUUAUAAUACACAUUUUACAAUUAAGUUUUAAUUUUGUUUAAUGUUUUGAUGGUAAUAAGCAGUGGUUUUCACAUAGUUUUCUUGAUACAGAUUUUUCUAAUGUGUAUAGUGAAGGCCACUGUGCAAAGCUUACAACUUAAGUGCUUAUGCAUCUGUUCAGACUUCAAUGUAAAAGACCACUGCACAAGCUUUGCACUCUGCUCUGCUCUGCUUUGCAGAUCAUUUGACAUACCAUAGAAAACACUUAAAUGUCUGUUAAAAAGGAGUGCUCCAUGGGUAAUGUUUGUCACUUUAAAAAUAAAGUACAUUUUGAAAGAAUUAGUUUAAAAGUAAUAAGGUUAACAAAAUAGUCCCACUUUUAAGUGAUCCAUUUUAAAAUUUGUAAAUGAAUAAAUUUUUUGUUGUUAAAAUGUA